AUGGAGGGGAGCCCCAUCCCGGUGCUGACGGUGCCCACCGUGCCCUACGAGGACCAGCGGCCGGCCGGCGGCGGGGGGCUGCGGCGGCCCACCGGCCUCUUCGAGGGCCAGCGCAACUACCUGCCCAACUUUAUCCAGAGCGUGCUGUCGUCGAUCGACCUGCGCGACCGCCAGGGCUGUACCAUGGUGGUGGGCAGCGACGGCAGGUACUUCAGCAGGACGGCUACCGAGAUCGUGGUGCAGAUGGCCGCGGCCAACGGGAUUGGACGGCUGAUUAUUGGGCAGAAUGGUAUCUUGUCAACACCUGCUGUUUCCUGCAUUAUCAGGAAGAUCAAGGCAGCUGGUGGAAUUAUCUUAACAGCCAGCCAUUGCCCUGGAGGACCAGGGGGAGAGUUUGGAGUGAAGUUCAAUGUUGCCAAUGGAGGUCCUGCACCAGAUGUGGUAUCAGACAAAAUCUACCAGAUCAGCAAAACAAUCGAAGAAUAUGCCAUAUGCCCUGAUCUUCGAAUUGACCUGUCUCGGCUUGGAAGACAAGAAUUUGACCUGGAGAACAAAUUCAAGCCAUUUAGAGUGGAGAUAGUGGACCCAGUAGAUAUCUAUCUCAACCUCCUUCGGACCAUCUUUGAUUUUAAUGCCAUCAAGAGUUUGCUGACAGGGCCCGGCCAACUGAAGAUCCGAGUUGACGCGAUGCACGGAGUCAUGGGACCCUAUGUGAGAAAAGUCCUGUGUGAUGAGCUGGGAGCUCCAGCCAAUUCUGCAAUAAACUGUGUCCCCUUGGAAGAUUUUGGAGGGCAGCCUCCUGACCCAAACUUGACGUAUGCAACAACCCUUCUGGAAGCUAUGAAAGGAGGAGAAUAUGGAUUUGGAGCUGCAUUUGAUGCUGAUGGGGACCGUUAUAUGAUCCUGGGCCGAAAUGGCUUCUUCGUGAGCCCUUCUGACUCACUGGCCAUCAUUGCUGCCAACCUCUCUUGCAUUCCGUAUUUCCGUCAGAUGGGGGUUCGAGGGUUUGGAAGGAGUAUGCCCACCAGCAUGGCCCUGGACAGAGUGGCCAAAUCAAUGAAGGUCCCUGUAUAUGAGACCCCAGCGGGAUGGAGAUUCUUCUCCAAUCUGAUGGACUCAGGACGGUGCUCUCUGUGUGGAGAAGAGAGCUUUGGCACUGGCUCUGAUCACCUCCGAGAAAAGGAUGGCCUCUGGGCUGUCUUGGUCUGGCUUUCCAUUCUGGCUGCCCGAAAGCAGAGUGUGGAGGAAAUCGUCCGAGAUCACUGGGCCAAAUUUGGUCGCCACUAUUACUGCAGAUUUGACUAUGAGGGGCUAGAGCCCAAGACGACGUAUUACAUCAUGAGGGACCUGGAGGCCCUGGUCACAGACAAGUCCUUCGUUGGCCAGCAGUUCGCCGUGGGCAACCACGUCUACAGUGUGGCAAAGACAGACUGCUUUGAAUAUGUGGACCCUGUGGACGGCACGGUGACCAAGAAACAGGGCCUGAGGAUCAUUUUCUCAGAUGCGUCUCGACUCAUCUUCCGGCUCAGUUCCUCUAGCGGCAUGAGGGCCACCAUCAGACUGUAUGCAGAGAGCUACGAGAGGGACCCCAGCGGUCACGACCAGGAGCCCCAGGCCGUGCUGAGUCCUCUUAUAGCCAUCGCGCUGAAAAUAUCCCAGAUUCAUGAGAGAACUGGCCGGAGAGGCCCCACUGUCAUCACCUGAAUGGAGGGAAGAUCAGUCACCAGGGCCAAAAGAGAGCCCUUGGCGGGAGACCCUUCACCCAUGCCUUCUUGCUACCUGUUUGUGCCUUUUAUGAUUUCGAAAACACACACACACACACACACAUACACACACUAAUUUGCUGGCGGGUGGGGGAGGGGUGGGUGGGAAGAGAAAAAGGGAGAAAGAACGAAGAUUUUUGGGGGGUUGGGUCUGUUUCUCCAAAUGCAACAGGGUCUUCAGUGGUCUGUUAAAGCAGCACUAUCAUUUGGUAUCUAUAUUUUACCCACCAAAGAACCUCACCUUUUGAAAAAGAGGAAGUGGGCCAGGAACUUGUCCAUCAUGGCGUCUGCAUACCAUUGGUGUGAGCUGAGGGAAGGUUCUGAAUUCACGCACAGAGCACAGUGCCAGAGUUAGGCUAACCCCCAAGCUACGGGUGCUGUUGCGAAGGCUCUCCUUGGAAGACUGUCCUUGGCGUGGUAGAGGACUUAGCUUUUCAUCCUGGGUCAGGUCUCCCAGGGGACACCUUGUGGAAUUCCUCAUGGCCGCCAGCCACCCGAUGGCCCACCUCCCCACUCCCAUCUCCUGCGAGUCCCCAUGCCACCUUCUCUCACAUCUUUGGAAGCAUUCUACAGAUCCCCACGGCACACUUUCAAGGAAACACAGCAAAGGGUGUUUUCCUCUCUUAUUUUGUAAAUAGUGCUAUUUUAGCUCUUCCGCCGGCUGCAUUCCUCCAGAUUUCAGCCAUUCGUUGUGCAGGUGGAAAGCAGCGUCUUGGCAGGAGACUGCAGAUGAGUGCCUAGCAUUUCGCUGGCUCUCCCUUGAUGACAUCAUGUAGGGUGAUACAAGGACUUACAUCCAUUCCUCCUGGGGAGACAAAAUACCACCCUGUCUGCUUUCUCUCUGACUCUCUCUCCGCUCCCUUAUCUCACAGUUAGGGCCUUUUUUAGAGCAGUCGUUUGGACACAGCCCACAUCUUACUCACAGGGGCUCGAGAAGGAGACUGUGAAAUGCUAGCAAAGUAGAGAAUAGAGUGCUUGCUGGAAGACCUUAGUAGUGGUGGUUAAGGACCUGAUGAGAUGUGGGAACAGGAGGUGGCAUCCCUGCCGGAAACCCAGAAGGUCACAGCUGGCUCACUUUGCCCAGGAGAAGGACACUGCAUCUCCAGCAGCCUCUGUCUGCCCCCAGGCGGGACACCCGGUGCGUGGGACCUGUUUGCAUAUGUUUUGCUUCCUUGGGAAUGACACUCUCACUCACCCUGUCGUUAGCACAGAUGACGUGGUGCUCUUGGACUAUGAAGCAAGGGGGUUUUACCGUGGUCACGAUGGGAGCAAGCAGGGAGAUGUUCCCGGGAAGGGAUUUGUAUCCACUUUUUAUCUCUGCUUCUGUCAGAAACUUGCUAGGACAUGUAGUAGCCAAUAAAAAAGAAAUUCCUGAUUUCAA